AUGUUACAAUUGUGGACAUUCUGGCCAUCGAGUGCGCGAUUGUCCACAGGUUUUUCACUAACUGGAACCUGUGAUGGUGGCCAUUCCAGUAUACAAAAUCCAUCAAUAACAUCCCACAAAUCAUCGAGUCCCAUUUACAUCAAAGUCCAAGUAAAUCAAACACCCCAACAUGCUAUAAUCGAUACGGGAUCCGCGGUCAGCAUCAUCCACCAACAAUUAUUGAAGAAGAUUCAUCAUAAGAAAUUUAUUUACAAACGCAAAAUCCAUGCAUCGGCCAGUUGCACAUCUGUCAAUAUUAUCGGCGAAAUUCAUCUUGAGAUCAAAAUACAGGGACACAAAACAUGGAUAGUCGCCGAUGUUGCGACAAAUCUCGUUACAGAUUUAUUACUUGGGACUGAUUGGAUAAAACAAAACAGCGUUAUUAUUGAUUCUCCACAACAACGUGUUAUUCUAGUCAACAAAUAUCACAAGGUAAUAGCAUAUACACCGUUCGUCGAACCUCCCGAUAUUCGUUUUCCUGUAUUUUUAAUUGAUCAAAUUACCCUUCCACCAUACUCAGAACAAUGUAUUGAUGUAAAAGUCCCGUCGCUUUUCGGUAAUGUUAGCAAUGUUAUGUUCGAAUCAACACCUCACUUAUACUCCAAAUCAAUAUUCGCGGCGAAUGCAUUGAUUAAGGCUGAGCAUCACAAAACACGGAUUAUAGUCAUUAACGCCUCUGAUCGUCAACGUACAUUAUCCAAACAUACGCGAUUAGGUGCAAUAUCAUAUCAACCGGAAUCCAAUGUCUGUCUCACGAUACCAAUGACAUCGAAUAAGAGGAACGUCCGACUAUCGGACCGAUCCUGUGUUCAGUCAUCACUCACCCACGGGACGAAUGACCAUAAUUCAAUGAGUCGUUCCUGGGACUUGCCACUCUCAGCGGACAGCAAAAUCCGUUCGGCGGAUUCUUCCUGCACGGUACAACCAGUCGAUUGCCGUAAGCAUCGAUGUUAUGUUUGUCAAGCAAAAUUUUUAUCCAGCAAUGAUUUACAGAAACACCUUCGUCAACAAUUACAACAAAGUCUAUGGCGACACGGACAAUUAUUUGACCUGCGUCAACCCUCUAUAAUUAAAACAACGGUUCGUCAUGCUAUCGAAACAGGAAAUCAUCCACCCGUAUAUACUCCAGCAUAUCGCGUCUCAUAUAAAGAUGAGCAAAUACAACGUGAUGAAAUUAAUAAAUUGUUAAAACAAGGAAUAAUCGAAGAAUCCACCUCUCCAUGGUCAUCACCUAUUGUUCUCGUUCGAAAGAAGGAUGGAUCUAUGCGAUUUUGUAUCGAUUUUCGAAAGCUCAACAGUAUAACCACAAAAGAUGCAUUCCCAAUUCCUCGAAUUGAUGAUAUUUUCGAUCAUUUAGCACAAGCUGAAUAUUAUACCACGAUUGACUUCAAGUCAGGUUAUUUUCAAGCUGGACUUGAUCCGAGAGAUCGUCCCAAAACAGCAUUCUCCACUCGAGAUCAACAUCUUCAAUUUACCGUAUUACCUCGAGGCGUUACAAAUGGACCGCCAGCAUUCCAACGAAUAGUUAGUCAAAUACUAGGACCUACACGUUGGCAAUAUUCCUUAGCAUAUCUAGACGAUGUGAUUAUAUACUCACAAACAUUCGAACAGCAUUUAGUACAUCUCAAUGAUAUAUUAAAUCGCCUAAAUCAAGCGUAUUUUCGACUAAAUGUCGAUAAAUGUCAUAUAGCCAAGACGACUAUCAACUUCCUCGGACAUUGCGUUGAACACGGUAAUAUCCGGCCUAAUUCUGAUAACAUCCGUGCAUUAUUAGAAACUCCGCUUCCCAGAACAGCGAAGGAAACCUUUCGAUUCGUAAAGGCAGCUGAAUACUACCGCAAAUUUAUACCCGGAUUCACGAAGAUAGCUCAACCAUUACAUAAAUUCGCACCGACCACGAAAGAACAACGAUGUAAAAAGUCAAAAUCUUUACCCGUCACUUUAUCCGAUGACGAACUCAACGCA